AUGGAAUCCCCACAGAUGUACGAUGCGGCGGCGGCCCCGCCGCCACCACCACAACCAGACCUUAAAAAAGCAGUAGAGGAUAAGCGAGCACCCUUCCCGCCACCAGACCUAGACGAGCUCAAUGGACAGGAAAUUAGUUUGGAUUUACAGCACCUCAUCGAGGACCAAUUCAGGAGUGAGGAGGGCAUGGCUCUCUUUCAGGAAAUCCUUCCUGGUGGAAAGUCGCCCCAGCCGAGGUACAACCGGACGACGUUGGCGUACAUGCCACAGCCGGUACACUCGGGUGCGUCUUACGCUCCGGUCCAGCCCAAUCAAGGGCACGAGCAGGCUCCCCCUAUAAAGGAAGAGCCCCCUGAGCCCCACGACUACCGACGAACGGUUGCGUGUGCACAAUAUACAGGUCAAUACAACCCUCAGCCAACUGUUGGAGUCAGCGGUCCUUAUGGAGGCGGAUUCACACCGUUACCACCUCUAGGAGCACCUCUUCUCCCGCCGUUACUAAAACACAAGCCGACUCCGUCGAGACGAUCUUCAGGGAAGUCCAUAGACAAAGGUACCGAUGAGUAUAGAAGGCGACGGGAACGCAAUAAUAUAGCUGUGAGAAAAUCCCGUGAGAAAGCAAAAGUGCGCUCCAGAGAAGUCGAGGAGAAGGUGAAGACUCUUCUGAGGGAGAAAGAGGUGUUACUAAAGAGGUUGGAGGCUGUGUCAGGAGAGUUGAGCUUACAUAAGCAAAUGUAUGUGCAUCUGAUAAAUUUGAACCACCCGGAAAUCACGGAAUUGUGCCGAUCCAUGCUGCAGCUAGGAGCGCCGCAAGCGCAGGACCACACUCUCUGA